UGCACAGUGAGGCCAUGUCUGAAGAAGCAGUUAGAGUGGGUUUUAGCCCCCACCCUUCCUGAUCCCUGCAAAGCAGGAUACCUGCAGGGAGGCAAAGUGGAGAAGCUAGUAGACCACUUAGUGCCUGCCCUGCUCUUCGGAGAUGCUGUGUUUGUCCCAGUGUUUCUGGGGACAUACCGCACUUUCACGACUGCCCAUCACGUGUUGAACCUGCUGUUCAACAGAUACAGUCAUUUCCUUGAAUAUGAGGAGGAGAAGGCAGGCGCGCAGGAGCACCUGCAGCGAGCCUUCUCCUUCAUACUGGGCUCCUGGAUGAGGGAGUACCCAGAAGACUUCACUGGAGCACCGGACACGUCCUGCCUGCAACACCUGGUAACAUAUCUACACCUCAAUAUGCCUGGCUCUGUUGAGGAACAGCAGGCCCGCCUUCUGCUCAGUCAGCUGGAGCACAUGCUUCUCAAGAAGCCAGAGCUGGAGGCUGUUCCACCAACUGCCAGGCUUUAUGAGAAAACCACUGUACACCCACUGGAUCCAACACCCUGCGUAGAAGCAGUACUACCAUGUCAGUCAGAGCUGGAACUAGCUGUAGCCUCAGAGGCCCCCUCAGCUCCAGGAGCUGCAGUGGAGCUCCAACAAGAACCCCAUGCAGACGGAUGUUCUGACUCACCUCCGUCAACUGUGACCGAAGAGAUCAAUCCACCUGCAGGUCAGCCAAUGGCCCACAGCCUUGCACCAUCUCCAGCACCAAGUCUGGAUCUUGACCUGCAAUACUCAAAUGAAGAAAGAGUGGCUGAUCCCUCAGUGCCAGGGGCACUUAGCCCAGUGGUAGCAAUGGCUCUAGAGCCAGCCAUUGAUGCACCAAUGAUGAGGGUAUGCCAGUGA